AUCUCUCUGCUGCGGUGCUGCCUGCUUAAAGCAACCCAGGACUCCGGAAAGAGCUUUAGAGCUAGAGAGAGAGAAGAGGGACGCAAAACAAGCUCGCUAGGAAGAUAUGGGUCGCGGCAAGGUGGAGCUGAAGCGGAUCGAGAACAAGAUCAGCCGGCAGGUGACGUUCGCCAAGCGCCGGAACGGGCUGCUCAAGAAGGCGUACGAGCUGUCGCUGCUGUGCGACGCCGAGGUCGCGCUCAUCAUCUUCUCCGGCCGCGGCCGCCUCUUCGAGUUCUCCAGCUCGUCAUGCAUGUACAAAACACUCGAGAGAUACCGCAGCUCCAACUACAGCUCACAGGAAGUAAAAGUUCCACUGGACAGUGAAAUUAACUACCAGGAUUAUCUGAAGUUGAGGACAAGAGUUGAAUUUCUUCAAACUACACAAAGAAAUAUUCUUGGUGAGGAUCUGGGUCCACUUAGCAUGAAGGAACUUGAGCAGCUGGAGAACCAAAUAGAGACAUCCCUGAAGCAGAUCAGGUCAAGAGAGAAUCAAAUGUUACUUGAUCAGCUCUUUGAUCUCAAAAGCAAGGAACAAGAAUUGCAGGAUCUCAAUAAAGACCUAAGGAAAAAGUGCCAGCUGCAAGAAACAAGUCCAGAGAAUGUGCUCCAUGUUUCCAGCUGGGAGGAAGGUGGGCACAGUGGCGCAAGUGGUAAUGUUCUUGAUCCUUAUCAGGGACUCCUUCAGCACCCAGAGAGUGAUCCUUCCCUGCAGAUUGGGUACCAUCAACAAGCCUACAUGGACCAGCUGAACAACGAGGACAUGGCGGGCCCAAAUGAGCACGGUCGAUCUGGAUGGAUAUGAAAUGCUCCGAUGACGACCCAAAUAAAGUUGAUGCAUAGCAGGAAUCCACCCUGCAGGACGCAAAAACUAUGUAUUGAAACUGCUUUUGGAGCUUCCCAGACGAUUAAGUAACUUGGGAAUCAUUCGAGCGCGUGUUGUACUGGUGGCAGCGUGGCGUCCCCGUAGCCGUAGCAUGCGACUGGACGCACUGUGUGUGUGUGCUUGUGCUUGUAAAUUGUAAUGGUUAACUAGCUUGAGACCUCGUGUGUAUGUGUGCGAAGCUUGGAACUUUAUUAUGUAUUAUGUGUAUGGUACUAUUUGUGUGGCAAUCGUGUCAUGCCGAUCA